CGAAUGCGCAGAAUCUAUUUCUACAUAAACAAAUCCACGGAGAGAAUAUUUUGUAUGCGUGCUGUAUACAAUACGGGGAAAUUAAAUUUAGAACAGAGCCGCACAAUAAAACAUCAGAGAAAGGAAGCAUAGGUUAAGAUUGGACAAGCACAAAAUAGUAGAACUGAGUGUCCUCGUUGUUGAUUACAAUAGACAUUGUCUUUGCUGAAGAAGUUGUAUUAAUUUGUGUAAUUGAAAUUUGAAUAAGCUACUUGCGAUCAGCUCCACAGUUCAGUACCAGUGUGUUGGAACAAAGUGUAUUUUGUUAAUGACACGUAUCAAACAACCAAGCAGCUUCAGAUCAUCGUUGUGUUAUGCAUCCCAUGUAGUAAAUAAUAAAUUACUACCGGCAGACCGGUCAACCCAAAGUAAUUAUACCAACAAAGGUGGUUUAACAACGUAUCAACAAAGACGAAAGUGUCAGCAUUUAGAAUGUGUAACAUUGCUGAUGAAGUUUAUUAAUUUUCCAGCAGUAUCAUGUCAUGGGUAUCAGUCAUUGUCGUUGCUUAGGACUUCCAUAUUUACUCGAAAUGUUUCCACAAAAGGGAACAAGCAGCCUGAACAAAGUAAGGUGGAAGAACCUAGUAUUUCAAAACCAGAGAAGCUGUCUUUACUGCAAAGGUUUAAACAGAUGUAUCGUGAUUACUGGUAUGUGUUGGUGCCUGUACAUCUGAUUACAUCCCUCGGAUGGUUUGGAGGUUUCUACUAUCUUGCAAAGAGCGGAGUUGAUGUUAUUGCCCUGCUUGAGAGUAUGAGUAUCAGUGAGAAGGUAAUCAAUCCUCUCCGGGAUUCAAGUGCUGGUUACAUCGCCCUAUCUUAUGCUCUUUACAAAAUUGCCACUCCAAUCCGCUACACAGUCACUUUAGGUGGCACCACUGUAUCAAUCAAUUAUCUAAAGAAGUGGGGCUACAUCAAACCAAUUCCUCCUCGUGAGAAGCUGAAGAAAAUGUAUCAUGAGAAGAAGGCAACUCUUAUGCGUGACACAACGGAAGAACUCAAACUGCAGCAGGAAAAGCUGAAAAUAACACAUGAAAAUGUGAUGAGAGGAUGCAGAGAACAUGCUGGAAAACCUGAAAAAUUAGAAUCUGAAUGCAAGGCAAAAAAGCAGGCGGAAUAGUAUAUGGCAGUGAAAUGACUGUUGUUAACAUAUUGCUUGCAAUGAAGGAUUUGAGUUUUAGAGACUCUUAUUGUCUGGAAUGAAAUGCUGAAGACUGUUCACUGAUAGUGUCAUAUACCCUAGCUCUACUAUAAAGCUCUAACUGAAACAGUGUUCUUAACAUUUAAGUUGGAUUAAUAGAUAUUUAAAAGGUCCUCCGCUGUAACUUUAAUAUUUGGUCAUUUAUAUUCAUUUUUGGUGUUGACUUUUUCACAUGCAUUUUAUUAGUUUUUAUUAAAUCAGUGGAAUCAACAGAAUAGGCAUAAAAUUCUUUUUUCUUUUCCACACAUUUGUAUUUGUGUAUUUGAGAGCUUGAUAUUAUUAGUUAAAUUGCAGAUAGCAUUUAUUUAGUACCUACUGUCCACAUCUGAUUAAAUGGUGUCUGCACUCCUUGGUAGUGAUUUUGUCUCAGCUUAUUACUGUUUGGUUUAUGCAGCGGGAUGAGAAAACAAAUAUUCACUGAUCAAAUAACAUUUGAAGCAAUGGUGUUCACUCUGUUACACAUGCUCACUCUCAUAUUGUGCAUAAACAAGACUUCUUUUGAGAGAGCAAUGUUGAGUAGAGCAUAUUCUAACAAACCCUUUCCCUCCUGGCACUUCUUCUGUCAGAAGCCAAAGAAAUGACACAGUACUAACAUUCAGAGUGAAUGUGUGGGAAUUACAGUUGUACUUCUGACUGAAUACAAAUUUUAGUAGAUGCUG